CCUAAAAAACUAUAUUCUUCAAAGUACAAAAACCCUAAUCCCCCUUUCCUUUUUCAAAUCUUUCUUCAAAUAUUCCGCUUUUGGACAGUCAAACUCAACCCUACCCUAGGAAAGUAAAAAAGAAAAUGGAGGUCAGUAAUUUGAGCUCUGAAGUAGCUGUUUUUGGGAGAAUGAUGAUGGAGUCUGUUGUUGAAGCUGUAUUUGCUGAGACCCUUUUGGCUGCUCAAAGAUCUGUUGCUUCUUUGCUCAUUGUGGCAGGAACUAUGCUCAAGUAUGCUAAUGCAUUGCCAGAGUUGAUAGGCGCUGAGAAAAGGUUUCCAUUCGAAGAGCUCCAUAAAAUGGAAAAAGCUGGAGUUGAGAACAAAGAUGGCAGUGACACAGAGGACGAUGAGGAUGAUGAUGGAGACGCUGAUGAUCAGGACGACGAUGAUGCUGACGAUGAAGACUUUUCAGGCGAAGAAGGGGAAGAUGAUGAUGAAGAAGGGGAUCCCGAAGAGACUCCAGCGGCUAAUGGCAACGAAGGCAGCGAUGAUGAAGACGACGAAGAUGAUGAAGACGAUGAGGACGGGGAUGAUGAUGAGGAAGAGGAAGACGAGGAAGAUGACGAGGACGAGGAGGAUCAACCACCCGCCAAGAAGAAAAAAUGAACCAUUUCCUAGUAUAUGUUUGUUCUGCUUUUCAGCCAUGUUUGAAGUAUGUAGUAGUAGGAAGAGGCAGUUUUAGCUUUUCUCUAGGAAUUAACCAUCCUUUUGCAGAACAAAUGAACUACUUUUGUCAUGCUAUGAGACUGUUUAGUUGUGAUAUAUAUUCCAUUUAAUCCAAUGAAUAUUCUGGUUUCCUUGUUAA